UCAUUCCGCGUCUCUCUUUCUCUCGAGUCUCGACCCUUCCUGCUUCGAGUUCUGAGUUCUGACAAGCACUACGCCCAGCCGACCAAAUCGCCGUAGUAGGGCGCGCCAUGGAACCGGCGGCGGAUAGGAAGGAGGCAGAGCAGGAGGAGCAGCAGCUACCGCACGUGCGGAAGGACGACGCGCCCACCGCCGCCGCCACCGUGGAGGACGAGGCGGAUUCGGAGGAGAGCGAGCGCCGUAACCGCGAGCUAAAGGCCGGACUCCACCCCCUCAGGCGCAAGCUCGUGCUCUGGUUCACGCGCCGGACGCCUGGGGCGAGGUCGCAGUCUUACGAGGACAACAUCAAGAAGAUCGUUGAUUUCAGCACUGUGGAGUCGUUCUGGGUUUGCUACUGCCACCUUGCGCGCCCGUCCUCCCUGCCGAGCCCCACUGACCUGCAUCUCUUCAGGGAGGGCAUCCGGCCCCUUUGGGAGGAUCCUGCUAAUCAGAAUGGUGGCAAGUGGAUAAUACGUUUCAAGAAGGCUGUUUCUGGCCGUUUCUGGGAGGAUCUGGUGCUGGUGCUAGUGGGAGACCAACUCGAGUAUAGCGAUGAUGUUUGUGGUGUGGUGCUCAGUGUCCGUUUCAACGAAGACAUUCUAAGUGUUUGGAAUCGGAACGCAUCGGACCAUCAAGCUGUGAUGACAUUGAGGGAUUCAAUUAAGAGGCAUCUCAAGCUACCACACAGCUAUUUGAUGGAAUACAAACCACAUGAUGCUUCGCUGCGUGAUAACUCGUCCUACAGGAACACAUGGCUGAGAGGAUAAGCUCCACCUUUGAGUUCUCGCCUGCUUCUGAACUGUCACUGUGGAUUUCCAGUUCUGACAUUUCAAAUUCAGUUCUCAAGGAAAUAGACUCGUUAUGUACUAAGCAUGCAGACUAUGUGUUGUGCAAUGUACUAGUCAAACACCUCCGUCAUCAUUAUAAUGCUCCACACUACAUGAAAAGAAAGUCACUCACAAGUGACGGAUAAUAAUCAUUAUAGGUUACGUAUCCUGUAUCAGGAUCCGUCAUCCUAAAUACGUUAUGAAUGAUUAGUUAUAAAUGAUGGAUAAAAGUUUAUCAUCAAUAA